AGCAGUCCAAAGACUCAUGAACACCCUCACCGUGAGUUGUGAGUUUGAGUUGGGGAGGCAUUUGUAUUGGCCCCGAUAACGAAGUCGCACCUUAUUUACAUAAACCUUUUUCACCCACCACCCCUUUCUACAAUGCAAGCUUCUCCUCAAGAAAAUUCUCUUCCUUUAGCAUCAAUCUCACUGUCCAACCGUUCUUCUUCCUUCAACCCUAAUACACUUUCUAAGUUCAAAGGCAUGAUGUGGGGAAAGAAGAUUGGAUCGGUGAAGAAAUUAGCCAGAAGGGCCAAGUCAAUCAAGAAAGUUCAGCGUGAGCCAUCACAACAAGAGCAUUUGCUUAUGGGCAAUUGUGAAGCUGAAGAAUCAUCACCUUCGACAACACCAACAGGAACAUUUGCUUUGUAUGUAGGAGAAGCCCGACAAAGAUUCGUGGUACCAACCGGCCACCUCUCUCACCCUCUUUUUAAGAUGUUGUUAGAGAAAGCAUAUGAUGAAUUUGGUUUCGAUCAGAGAAAUGGUCUGGUGGUACCAUGCAGCGUCACUGCAUUCCAAGGGGUGUUAAGUGCCGUCGAAUGCUGCAACGGCAAGUUUGAUUUUGGAGAUUUGGUGCAGGAGUUCAUAUAACUAUGGUAGACCUAGUUCUAGAAUUGAUGUAGGUUGGGGCCUUUAGCUUGAAAAUACCGCAGUUUUCUCUUUCCUUCCACUAGUGAAGUGAUUAAGCUAAUCGACUUAUCGAGGUAAAUUUGGGAACAGAUGUAGGAGAGCAUUGUAAUUAUCCAUUUUCUAAGUUCUACGAAUUUGACCAUGUUUGUAAUUCUA